AAUGCUGGUGGGGAUGCUGGAUCACGUAGCUUGGCGACUUUUCAAAGAGAGAAUCCGCCGGUGUUUAAAGGGAAGCAUGAUCCAGAUGCAGCCUUGGGAUGGUUGAAAGAGAUGGAGAGAAUCUUCCGUGUUAUGGAUUGCACUCCAGCUCAGAAGGUUCGGUAUGGUACUCACAUGCUAGCAGUCGAAGCUGAUGACUGGUGGCUAGAGACUCACGAGAGGUUGACCGUGGCAGGUGAAGACAUUACUUGGGAUGUAUUCCGUAGGGAAUUUCUGAGAAAGUAUUAUCCGGAAGAUGUCCGUGGUAAGAAGGAAAUCGAGUUCCUUGAGCUGAAGCAAGGAAACAUGUCUGUCACUGAUUAUGCUGCGAAAUUUGUGGAGCUGUCCAAAUUUUAUCCUCAUUACACUGGUGCUGGUGCUGAAUUUUCAAAGUGCAUCAAGUUUGAGAACGGAUUGCGCUCUGAAAUUAAGAAGGCUGUUGGGUAUCAGAAGAUACGCAUUUUUACUGAACUGGUUGAUAGCUGCAGGAUAUUUGAAGAGGACAAUAAUGCUCAUUACAAGAUUGUCAGUGACCGCAAGGGAAAGCAGCAUCAAAACCGUGGCAAGCCGUAUGAUGCUCCAGUGGGAAAAGGGAAACAAGGAGCUGCUCCGGCUCAGAGGACUAGUAGGGGAGGUGCUCCUGCUGGUAUAGUUUGCUUCAAAUGUGGUCAGGCUGGUCAUAAGAGUAAUGUAUGCACUGCUGAAGUAAAGAGGUGUUUUCGCUGUGGUAAGACUGGUCAUGCAAUGGCUGAUUGCAAGCACAAGGAAAUGAUUUGUUUUAAUUGUGGCGAAGAAGGGCAUAUUGGAAGUCAGUGUCAGAAGCCAAAGAAAUCUCAGACUGGGAAGGUGUUCGCAUUGACCGGAACUCAAACCUCCUGUGAGGACAGACUUAUCCGAGGUACAUGUUUCAUAUAUGGUACUCCUUUAAUUACUAUUAUUGAUACCGGUGCUACCCACUGUUUUAUUUCUGCUUACGCUUGUAACCGUUGGAGUAGGGUUGCUGGUGCUUUGUGUUGGGUUGCUAGAAUCCAUUUGCUGGGAGAAGUUGAAUACAGAUUGUUGUUGAGUAUCCAUGGUGUUAAUGAAGAACGGAGAUGA